AAAGUACAAGAUUUAUCCCAAAACAGAUAUUCAAGAAACGGGGCUCGAAACCCGAAACAAAAGACUCGCCGGCAACUGCCCGAGAUCAGCUGACGGAGGAGGACCCAAGGCAGCAGACGGAGGCAUGGCUGUGGCAAAGUACAUCGCUUUUGCGGCCUUUAUUAUCUUUGCUGGCACUGGUAUAGCAGUUGGCUAUACUGGUGGGAGUUUACUGACAGCAUAUGUAGCCUAUUUGUCCCCAUGGCUGCCUGGUUGGCUAUGGAUUGCAGUGGGAAUCAUCAUGGUUCUGGGAGUUGGAAUAACUGCCACAAGCACUGCAGGAGCUAUUGCAACUUUGGCCCCAAAACCCAAAGCAUUUAAAACAUGUUUGUCCUUGCUGCUGUUGAUGGUUGUAACAGAACUUGCAGGAACCACCCUUGUUUACAAAAAGCAGCAUAUACUAGGCCAGGCCCUCAGUAACUACAUGGCACAUUCCAUGCACAUCACUUCUGUAGACUAUGGACUUAAUGUCUCUGACACACAGCUGUGGGAUGAGAUCCAGAUGGAGAUGAACUGUUGUGGUGUUGUGUCUUACAAGGAUUGGUUCCUAACAACAUUUGGCAAUGGUACAGAUGUACCAGACUCCUGUUGUCUACUUGUUGUAGAAGGUUGUGGAAAGGGUGUUGCUAAUUUAGCAGACCCAGAAGAUGAAGUUAUUACAGAGGGAUGUCUCCCAACUGUCCUGCAUUCCAUUGGGAUUGAUUAUCACAGUUUGAGCAGAGGGGUAUGGCUGCCUGUGUGUGCCAUGCAUGUAGCUUUGAUGGUGCUCCUUGUGGCUACCUCUAUGUUCCUGCAGGAGAGCUACACGGCUACAAACCUCCGUGCUUACUCUAUGUCAUCCAGUGCAGUUGAUAGCAGUCACAAAUACCACCAGCUGGAUGAAGAUUGUUAAAAAGUAUCUCGGGAAAGAGAAGGAAACUAUGGCACUGUAGUAUGAUCUGAUAUAAAUGAUCUACAGUUCAAUUUAUUCUAAUUGUUUUUGGUUAGUACUACUGGUUUAGUUCCAGAGUCUUGGGUUAUUUUAACAUGCACUUUCUUGUGUUAACAGUUGUAGAUUCACCAUGUGUAUUCUCAUUUUUUAUUUGAAAUUAUUAUUUCUAUAGAUUCCUUGUGAAAGAAAGUAAUGGUCAUCAUUACUUUUAUUAUUUUAUUUGCUAUGUUUACAAAUUACUUAUAAAAGAUGUAUUUUUAUUUGUUUUUUAUUGCCUUGAAAGGCUGUGUGUAUAUUUUGUAAUAGACUCUUAUUUAUUGAAUAAUUCCAACAUGUACAUUGUAUAAGGAAUUGAACUGCUUUAAUUUUUGUCAGGUGAAAAGGGGUUUCACUAGCAAGGUUGUACUUACAAGUUAUAUUACUAGUUAAUAAGUUUAACUCUUUUUAUCUUCUGUUUUUCAUGCUAAUGCUAUUUUUUAACCAGAGUGACUGUAUGGUUUAAAAUCUGAACAUUAAGGCAAAAAAAAUUCAAACUUGUAACCAUUAGGCAUAUAUUUUGCACAAAGCUCAGACAUCAAAUUGAGAAAUUUUUAUGUGCCUUGCUAUUAGACCUAUGAUGGGUUUUCCAUAUGUGGUAGAAGAAAAUAUAUUGCAUAUACAAAGAAUUAGCUAGAAAAAGGAGGAUAAGUAUGACACUAAAAACACGUCCAAGUAGAUGAGUUAUAAGGAUAGACAUUUUUCCAUCAUGUCUUUGCUUCACCCCUUUAGUGGAGUUAGAAUUUUCCUCAUGAAAGGUAUGCCACUGUUAGCAUCCUAAACUACACCUCUCCAACAAAUGUAACAAGUAAUCACCCCUAUAUAGGACAUGCUCUAAAUACCUGCUUGCUUAUAUUACAGUAAAUAUGUAUGCUGUACCAAUGUGUGCAAAUAGAAGAUUUUUUUCAUUUUU